UUCCCCUCUCAGGGCCCGGGCGGCGCCAGGUGACAGCAUCCGGCGGCGCCCUGGGGAGGAACCAAGUGCCUGGAAGACGGAGGGGUGUGCGCGAGCUCUGGGAUAGCGGGAGCUCCAGGGCUGGAAUAGGGGGCAUUUGUUGCCCCCACAAUGGCUUCUGAUGUUGGAGAUGCCCAAAUAAUAGAACCCCCUUCUGUGUCGCCUUUGGAGACCCGCGCACCCAUGAGGAAGACUAAGAAGAAGGGAGGGUUGCCAGACGCCAAACGGAAAGGGCGGGCCAAGCGGUUGAACAAAGAUGCGGAGGAUCUGCUCUCAAGCAUGCAGCGAUUGGAUCUCACCACAGAAUGUGCUACACCAGUGGGGACUGGCCUGGUUUGGGAUGAACGGAUGACACAGUUUCACUGCACAUGGGAUGAAAGUUUCCCAGAGUGUCCAGAACGGCUGGUGGCCAUACGAGAUAAAUUGCUGCAAUGUGGACUGCUGGAACGUUGCAUCCCAGUUGAGGCUCAAGAAAUUUCUGAGGAAGAAAUCCUCUUGGUUCACAGCCCCGAGUACUUGGCCCUGAUGAAAUCUACUGAAACCAUGAGUGAGGCUGAGCUGAGAUCUCUGUCGGACACGUAUGAUUCUGUCUAUCUGCACCCAAAUUCCUACCGCUGUGCCUGCCUUGCUGCUGGUUCUGUCCUGCAACUUGUGGAGAAGGUGCUGGCUGGGAAGCUGCGUAACGGCCUGGCUCUGGUCAGGCCACCUGGACACCACGCUCAAUGUGACAAGAUGGAUGGCUACUGCAUGUUCAACAAUGUAGGCAUCGCAGCCCAAUAUGCGCGGCAAAAAUUGGGAGUGGAGCGGGUGCUUAUUGUUGACUGGGAUGUGCAUCAUGGACAAGGCACCCAGUACCUCUUUGAGGACAAUCCCAGCAUCCUCUAUUUCUCCAUCCAUCGCUAUGAAGGGGGCAGCUUCUGGCCCCACCUUUUAGACUCUGACAGUCAUGCUGUGGGCAGAGGUCGGGGAGAGGGCUACAACAUCAACCUGCCCUGGAAUCAGAUAGGGAUGCGGGAUGCUGACUACCUCUCUGCCUUUUUGCAUAUCCUGCUGCCUGUGGCCUUGGAGUUUCAGCCCCAGUUGGUCCUGGUUGCUGCUGGUUUUGACUCAGUAAUCGGUGACCCCAAGGGGGAGAUGUCAGCCACGCCAGCAUGUUUUGCUCACCUGACACAUCUGCUGAUGCCGCUGUCUGGAGGCAAGCUGGUUCUGUCUCUGGAGGGUGGCUACAAUCUCCAGUCCCUGGCAGAGGGAACCUGCGCAGUCCUCAAGGCUCUUUUAGGAGACCCCUGUCCUCUGCUGGAGUCUCCUCUUACCCCGUGUGCCAGUGCCCUCUGCUCCAUUUCCCAGACCCUUGCAGUUCACAGCAAGUACUGGAAGAACCUCCGGAGAACCAGUACUGAUGUGCCUCGGGAGAAUGGAGGAGAGGCGGGCACAGUUUUUCCACCAGGCCACCCCUUGCCAGCAGCCGAGAUCCUGUCCAAGUCAGCGGCUGAACUGAUGCUACCCCGGCCCCCUUCCUGCACUGGGCUGGUCUAUGAUGAGAAGAUGACGGAGCAUUACAACAUGUGGGACAGUCAGCAUCCAGAGCUGCCUCAGAGAGUCUCCCGGAUCUUCCAGCGCCACGGGGAGCUUCGCCUGACGGAAAGGUGCUGCCGGCUCCCGGCCCGGCUCGCCUCUGAAGAGGAGCUGCGGAUGUGCCACAGCCUGGCCUAUGUGGAGACGGUGAAGUCAACAGCGGCCAUGAAGCCCCGUGACCUGCAUCGCCAGGGCGACCAGUACAAUUCCAUCUUCAUCUGCGCCAGCUCCUAUGAGUGCGCUCGGCUGGCAGCUGGUUCCGCGUUCAGUGCAGUAGAGGCCGUGCUCUCUGGGCAGGUGCAAAACGCUGUGGCCAUUGUCCGGCCCCCUGGGCACCAUGCUGAAUCAGACACCGCCUGUGGCUUCUGCUUCUUCAACUCUGUGGCCUUGGCAGCACGAUAUGCACAGCGCCUUGCUGGACGUCCUAUGAGGGUGAUGAUACUAGACUGGGAUGUUCACCAUGGCAACGGGACACAGCACAUGUUUGAAGAUGAUCCCAGUGUCCUGUACGUCUCCCUCCACCGCUAUGACAAUGGAACUUUCUUCCCCACCUCCGAGGAUGCAGACUAUGAUCGUGUGGGCCUGGGGCCUGGGGAGGGCUUCACCCUUAACGUGCCUUGGAACUGUCCCCGCAUGGGGGACCCUGAGUACCUGGCUGCCUUCCAUCAGAUAGUCAUGCCUGUCAGCUAUGAGUUCAAUCCAGAGCUGGUCCUGGUUUCUGCUGGCUUUGACGCUGCUCGAGGGGACCCGCUGGGCGGAUGCCUCGUGACUCCAGAAUGCUACGCACACAUGACCCAUCUGCUCCUGGGUCUGGCCGGAGGCAAGGUGGCAGUUGUCUUGGAGGGCGGCUACAACCUAGAAUCGAUCUCGGAAUCCAUGACCAUGUGCACACGCAGCCUCCUGGGGGAUCCUCUGCCCCCUCUGGGACGCCUCAAGGCCCCCCACCCCAGUGCCCUGCAAUCUUUGGCCAAUGCAGCUGCUGUGCACCGCAAGUACUGGGCAAGCCUGCGACUGGAAGUGCCUGCUCCUCUGUGGGAGAAGCCCAGGACUCGAGCUGGGAAAGGAACUCCCAUUCCAGAUGAAAUCCCCCCGGAGGCCCCCCAGAAGCUGCUUCAAAGCCCCAGCGCUCAACCUGUGAAUACCUUGAAUGAUGCUGUUUUGGCUCUGAGCUCCCUCCAGCUGGAAGACCGCCUUGUGGAGGAGGCAGAGACAGCUUCCAGUUCCCUCUCACCCGAUUCCAGUCCGGUGGGCGAAGAGGUUGGGGCCUCCCCUGGAGAAGCUGAGCCAGCGGUGGAUGCCCAGAAGGAAGGCAUGUCGACAGGGAGCUCCACGGGUGGAGCGGAGUCUCCUGGCAAAGAGGCAGAGGUAAGCCCACCGGCUAGCCCCCCAAUGCUAGCGGAGGUUAUUCUGCUUGACGAAGCUGCAGGUGGCUGCUCUUCCUCCUGUGACCCGCUUGAAGAAGACCUGGCAGAUGAAGGGUUGUUUUAUGCUGUGACUCCCUUGCCAUGGUGCCCCCACCUUGACUCGGUGCUCCCUGUGCCUUCCCUUGGCUUGAAUGUGCUGGAGCCCUGUGCAGAAUGUGGCAGCAUGGCAGAGAAUUGGGUCUGUCUGAUUUGUUACAAGGUUUGCUGUGGCCGCUACAUUAAGCAACAUAUGGUAGCUCACAACUCAGAGUCUGGGCAUCCGCUGGUUCUUAGCUUUGCGGACCUCUCUGUCUGGUGCUAUGGAUGCCAAGCCUAUGUCCACCACCCGAUUCUCUUUGAAGCCAAGAGCCAGGCUCACCGGCUAAAGUUUGGCAUGGACAUGGCAGUACCUUCCUAAAGCAACUCCCUUUGUAAGGAGCAGCUAAUACAGAAUGCAGCACAAUCUACCAUCGUUUGACCUCACUGAAUUGAACCUGAUGCUUCAAGGGCUCUUGAUGUGCCAAAUAGUAGUCAGCAAUCAUCAAUGCAAUACCAGCAGCAGCCACAAAUCAAACACCAGCGACCUCAUUGCUUCCACAAGGACAAAGAAUGUUCCUUUCUGGUGUAUUCCAUGAUUGGGGUCCAUUUCAAAUCAACCUUGGGGAUUACUUCACUUCCGGGCAGAGGUGACUUGCUUUCCCUGGUUGCUGAAGAAGCGCAUGUUUUUCUUGGGAAGGUGGGGGGCAGGCAUUUAUCUCUGCUCACAUUUCCGGAGUCUGAUUGCACAACACACCCAUUCCAUCCUGUCUCAAAUUGCCACAUAUUUUUUCCAAAAUCACCCUCUCUCCUCCAUACUAAAGUUGCUAGGUUGGAGGGAAACCAUGCUGAACUGAGAAAGGAGGGAUGAUAAUAAUGAUGAUAAUUUAUUAUUUAUAUCCUGCCCAUCUGGCUAGGUUUCCUCAGCCACUCUAGAGAGAUGUAUUCCUCUUAUCUCCUCUCCCCUUUGCCCGCCCCCAUUAAUCAAGAACGUUUCUGUAACUAGUUGAGACAAAAGCAUGUUUUGGGCAAGCGGAAUCCUGUGGCUAGAAGAGGUUCAUCUCCAGAAGGCUUGAAAUAUAAACGGCUGGAGGUCCAAGUUCAUCUAAACUGAGUGACAUCCUGCAAUUAUAUACAGAUAUAUAUUUGAUGGGAGUCUUUGGUUUGCUUGUUCCAAGGUUCUACAGUAUUUGGUGCUGCAUGUAGCAGAGAACAUGCAAGAUGCUUGAGAGGAUGGCCUAAGGGGUCUUUCUCUCUAGAUUAUAGAGACAGGAGCAUGGGAUCUGAAAGGCUCUCGUCUGAUGCCGUGAAGGCUAUCUUAUCAUUCUUCUAAGGCCAGAUUCUCACAUUCUUCCCAUUCCUGCCCCAUCACUGUAUGUGGACUCAAAAUUGUGUGUGUGUGUGUGUGUUGCAUCUCAUCUGUGAAGGUGGGUGUGAAAUGGGGCCAUUUAAAACUCUGCUUUCAGCAUGCCAGAGCUACAUUAUUCGCACACUGUUUCCUGCAGUGUUUGGGCAUCCUGCAGUUCUGCUGCAAAAGGAGAAUGUGAGAAUUGGGUUACUGUGUUUGUGGGAAAUGUUUGCUGAGCGAUCGUCUUAAGCAAGGAGCAUGGCCAGUCCUUCCAAAGGGCAACCGAGAGCUGUACCCUGGGCAAUGAGCGGCAGGGGUGGGCAAAUGGAAAAGGCUUUGGCAACCCUGUCUGGCUCAAAGUGGUUCAGAGGAGCACCUUCCUUACUGGAUUCCGGGCAACCACAGAUUGCCCCUCACCUUGAACUAAUAAAAAACCCGAAUGGGGCCAGGGUCAAGGCGACACAUAACUCUGUCCAUAAAAAAAGAGGUUUGAGAAAAGAUGGGUUGAAAAGGGCUUAUGGGGAGGGUGGUGGUGGGGUGUCAGUUUUAUCAGGGCCGGCCCUGGUAAGCUGGGGGGCAGGGGGGGUGUCUAUAGGGCAGAGGUGGGGAACCUGUCAUCCUCUGAAUGUUAUUGGGCUUCAGAUCCUAUCAUCCCUGACCACAUGGGCCAUGCUGGUUGGGACUGGGGAGUUCAACACCUGGAGGGUCACAGUUCCCCCCUCUUCCUUGAUAAAGGGGCUGAACUCAUACCAUGAUAUAAAGGAGGGGUGGGGGGUUUCACUGAACCUUUAGAAGUGGGGAGUUAGUUACAUUAUAGCCUAAAAAAUCCUUUGCAUAUGAUUACUUCCUUUGCCAUUGUUUCUCUGCUCGAUUUUAUAAUCUUUCUAAUUAUUCAAAUAAAGUGUUUCUGUGAAUGGA